AUGAAAGUCACAACUGCUGCCAGAAUCACAUUACCGGAAGUUGUUAUUUUGUUGGAUCUGUCACGUGAUAACUAUGAAGAACAAGGAGUAUACACUGCAUUUGAUACAAAUAAGCUUAUACCUUUAUUAAAUAAUUGUAAAGAUGAAGGAUCUAAAUGGAGUAGCAAAUCAAAUAUUGGAUCAUUGCUUUUUGGUUGUAGGAAUGCCCCUGUUGCGGGGGUUGUAAAGGCUGCUGGUGUAGGAGGUGAUAAAGGAGCACAAGGACCUUCCAAAAGCUUAGCAGGUUCAGCAGUUUCACAAGGUUUAACACGGUCAACCAGUGCACGCGUUUCAGAAAGUGCCGUAACUCCAGCAAAAGCACGUGAUAGUGGAACAGGUGGAGCAGCAUUACCUAGACCUGUAGCGAACUUAAAUACCAAAGAAGUGUUGAGUCAAGCAUCAAAAGAGAUCCCUGGUAAAGGUGCUCUUGCCGUGCCAUCAUACACUUCAGGCAUUAGAACAGAUACAGUACCUGUACCCAUUGUUGAUUCUUCUGGUCCUUCGGAGGGUGUAUCUGAUAAGGUGGACUCAAACUUUUAUCGUAACAUCAUCAUGGCUGCUGCAAUACUUGGAACGAUAUUCUUCCUUUUCUAUUACAACAUGUCUUCUGGUCUAAAAUCAAGAUUUCCCAAAAGAAAACGAAAGAAAAAAAUAUUUGAGCAUAAUUACUAUGAAGAGUAUGAAAAAGAGUUAGCGAAGUAUGAAUCAGAUAAUGAGUCUUUAGAUUCUCAAUCGGAUCGGUAUUAUUUGAAUUAUCAGCCUGAACGAGACUAUGACUACUAA